UUGCUAUCUAGAAGGAAAUAGAAAUACGUCAACGGAAAGAAUAAAUCGCAGUGACAGUAUUUUAGCCUUUCCCAGUCCAUUCCGUAAUUAGUUGUAACCUACCGUCGGAGUAAAUUUAGUUGGCGCUUUAUUUUCUGAAACUGCAAUGUUAUUUUUAAAAGUAUGAAUUGCAAAAUAUAGUAUGCAAUUCUAGGUUAGUGGUGAAAAAAGUUCAAUUGUACGGCAUUGCUUUCAACUCCAGAAGAUACAUAGUGUUCAAGUUAUUAUUUAAUAUAUUCUAUGGGCUCUUUAGUAGCAAUUUUCUCCACUCUGUGUGUUGAUGGUCUCAUUAUAUUGCCUUGUUUUCUCUAGUUUUCCUAACACGCGAUGCAGCAGCAGUGGCUAUUAGCCGUUCCACCUAAUUGGAAAAUAAUAGCCGUGGUUUACGCAUUGCUCUUUUGUUCAUCUUUCAAUAUCACCUUUUACUGCUCAGCAUUUCGGUCAUUUGCACGACACAACUUGUGUGAAGAUUCUUCAUGUUAAAGAAUGCAGCAAUUGUGGGGGCUUGCUAAUCAAACCUUUACUUCUAAGACCUGGUUUGUGACGAAUAAACGAAAACCAAAAAUAAAACAUAAAGCAAAGCCAUAAACAGAAAAGAUCAACGUUCAUGAGAACUGUUCGAAUUUAUUAAAAUUCAGUAUACAAUUGGAAGUAAAUGCAUAAAUAUAAUACAUGGUUAGAGGCUUUAGGGCAGAAACUGAGGAAAGCGGCAAGCGUCGGCCUUUCAUUAAGAGGGGUCGAACUGGCUUAAUCUUGCACAUUUUCCUCCAUAAUUGCUCUGUAUUUAUACUCACACUUCGAAAAGAUAUAGCUUUUCAUUUCGGCCAGCUUUCGGUUUGUUUUUUUUUAAUAGCCAGUCUAUAAUUAGGAAAGAGAGACAGGUAUAAGCUUGCAGGACUGAAAAUUAAUCUACUCGUGGUAUUUUAACUACUUGCGUUAACUAAUGGGGCAUCCACCCCAAAAAACUGUUUUAGCUGUCGAAAAUGUAAAAUCAUCCAACUACUAAACGACCGCAUUCACCAACUCUCCUUAAUUUGUACUGAUUGCCCUCUAAUUGCCAGGUUUCGAGUUCGGUUAUAGGUGCAGUAACAGUAUUUACUUGAGGGCUAAAAUAUCUUACUUGCCUAAAAUAUAUCCACAUCCUCCUCAUGUAUGUUUAUUAUUUACAGUACCUCAGAUAUUUCAGUAAGAGAUGUGACCAUUGUUGACGGAAAGGAAACCUAACGAGAUAAUGAGAUCUUUAGCAAGGAGCCUUUGGCUUCCGUCCUUUCAUUGCGAUCUGAUGCCGCGCUCAGGGCGCAGCAAAUGCUCUGUUAUUCCAAAACACAAAUGUCCCCAUUGAGAUGUUCAAAAUGCCUAAUUAUUCGAAAGGAAACAUUCCACUCUUUUAUGGUCGAUAAAACCUUAACAGUGUGCAAUUAUGGAAAGUCGAAGUUGGGAUUUGGGGAGUAUUAGUGAAUUUCAAUCGUACGCAAUUAAAACAACAUUCUAAUGGAAGAGAGCCAUAGUAGGGUUAUCAAGUAUAAAAUCGAGCUUCUCUGUGUUUCGAGAUCGCUUGGCCGUUCAAAUAAACCCGGCGAAUGUUGGUUAAAUAGAUGUUUCCCGAGAAGUGUUGUGGUGUUUGUAUACUAAAUGCACAUGUAUAUGCAUGCAUGCUUUAAUGAAGAACGCUGGUGCAAUAACAAUUACUCCCACACACAAUUACUGUGAAAUCUUUUAAAGCUGAAAAUCUGCGUUGCGCUCUACUGUUGGGAUUUUCUUCAUAAGAACAUCAAAAUUAAAUCUAUAAAUCAUAUCCCUAUAUAUGUACUCUUACCAUCAGGUUGUGUCUAUUUAUUGCUGGUAUGAAUUUACUGAAGGCACAAUUCAGGGACACUUGAUGUUGUGGGUCCCAGCACUUGUAGACGCUAUUGUUCUUUGUUUAAAAUGGGCAGAGAAAAAUAUUAUGGAGGGACUGAGGUUUGAUGUUUCCCAACUAGUGUACAUAAGCUAGCCAAAGGAAAUUUGUGCCUGUAAUAAAACAAAUCCAAAUGGAAAAAUAUGCUAAUAGAAAAUCUAAAUUCUUACAACAAUUAUUUACCCAACUUACUCUGUGCUUCUACCUAGGAGACACAUCUACAAAACUAGUGAUUUGUUGAUUUAUUUCUUAUUACCCUUCCUGCUCGAGCAUCUCUCUCCUAAUUAUUGUUGAUCCAUCAAUUGUGUGAAUGCGUAAUACACUGUCAUAAUUCCACGAAUGAAUGUAUCUAAAUUACGAAUACAUAGCUAUAUCUUGUAACCUGAUAGUGUUCUCUUUUGGUCGCUAAUAUUCCAUUAAAAUCACCUCUGUUAUAGUUCAGAGCAGAUUUGGUUGUUUGUAACUUUGCUAGCUCAGUCGCCGGAUCUCCAGGGAAUUUUUUGAACCAGAGUCGUUUUCUAUUGGCCAGAGACUGAUCAGCUGGUUAUAUUUGCUGCUGUCGCUUUGGCGCUCGGCCAUCCUGAAACAAACCACCUCGAUGACUACUAAUAGCUAAACCACAUUGUGUACUAAUACAUAACAAAUCAUAUUACUACAGACUGUGGAGCAAAUGAGUUCGUAUUUUGUGAACCCUACUUUCCCUGUUUCACUGCCCAGUGGCCAGGACUCCUUCCUCGGACAGAUCCCACUCUAUACAACGGGGUAUGAUGCUCUAAGGCACUUUCCAGCUUCCUAUGGGGCAGCGACGCUCCAGGAUAAGAGUUACUCGUCACCUUGUUAUUAUCAACAAUCCAACUCAGUAAUAGCCUGCAAUCGGGCAUCGUAUGAGUAUGGAGCUUCUUGUUUCUAUCCUGAAAAGGAUCUAACCAGUGUUUCGCCAUCCGGAAGUGGAAAGCACAGAGCCCAGGAUGAUUUCUUUUCCUCAGACCAACAGUACAAAACAGAUUGUGCACAAAACAAAAUUUUAAAUGAAGAAGGAAACGACCGGAAGUACAGUACUCCAAUUUACCCUUGGAUGCAACGAAUGAAUUCAAGUUCUAGUUCUGUCUUUGGGCCACAUGGGCGCCGAGGGCGACAAACCUAUACCCGAUACCAAACUCUUGAGCUGGAGAAAGAAUUUCACUUUAACAGAUAUUUAACCAGACGCCGCCGGAUAGAGAUUGCCAACGCACUCUGCCUCACAGAACGUCAGAUCAAGAUCUGGUUUCAGAAUAGGAGAAUGAAGUGGAAAAAGGAAAACAAACUUCUAAACACAACAGAAUCCAACAGCGAAGAUGCAGAGGAUAAAACAGGGGAGUAAGAGCGCGAAACCACAAGAAGUUAGUCUGGGCCUUUCUGUUUGGUAGUGAGUUCUUAUUUGCUCAUUCUGCUAAACAGUACAGAAAAAAAAAAUUCGUAUUUCUGUUCGUUUUCGUUGCCCCUCUCUGUCUGAGCUUGUGUCAAUGUAUCAGUGCUAGAGGAAGUGUUGAAAACACUCUGCAUUCCACAGCACACCAUAAUUAUACGGCAUUUAGGAUUAAUUGUUUUAUAAGUGCGAAGUGUGAGUGUUUCUGCUUCUCUAGUCGUUACUAUGUGAUGAUUUACUCCUCAAACAGUAUUCUAAUUGUUUCAAUGGAUAGGUUUAAAUAUAAUUUGACGGCCUUCAAAUAAUGAACGUAGUAGAUAUGCCCAUUUGCAAAUGAUAAAUAUGGUAUUGUAUAUGUCAAUAGUUUACUGCAAGAUUUCUUAUUGUUUUUGUUUUUGUCAAAUGAAGAGGACGCAGUGUUUAGUUAGCUUGUGCCAUGUUUUCUCUACCAAGAGAAGCAAAUAUAUUUGCUUGUGACUUGACAGCCAUGAGAUAAAUAAAUUCAGCCUGGCGACGCUAUUGCUCUUAAA